CAUACACUAACAAAACAAUCAGAAAAGUGAGAGAUGUUGACGCUCUUUCGUCGUGGCCGCUAUUUGGCAUGGGUGCCACCGAAGGAGGUGAACUCCAGUAGUAAGCUGCUCCUCAGUGCUCUCUUAUCAACUAUUAACACCCCUUAUCCAAUAACUUCAAGCACCAAUGAAUCCAAAAAGCAUCCGCCUCCCAUCCAAGUUUUGCAGACUGAAUCAGCAGGCAGAGGUGUUUACGCCACUCGUAACAUUGAAGCCGGUGAACUAAUCCACACCGCUAAGCCAAUCGUUUCUCACCCUUCUCUCUCCUCUUUCUCUACCGUUUGCUACUUGUGUCUCAAAAAGCUUCCCAAUGCAAACAAGCAGCCAUCUGAAGCUCAGAGUAUCGCAUUCUGCAGCGAGGACUGCAAACGUGAAGCAAAGGUUUUUUAUGAGGUUGAAAAGCAAGUAGAUUGGUCAGCAUAUGAGGACUACUGCAGGUGCCAGGGAUUGAAAUAUCCUCUCCUUGUAAAGCGGUUAGCAUGUAUGGUUAUACAUGGAGCCUCUUCACCAAACAAACUUGACAUUCUUCAACCUGCCAAACUAUCACCUGAUAUGGUAUUGCAGAUGGAGAAGGAGUUGGACUUGCUAAGAAACACUUUCAAAAUUGCAGGUUUUACAGAUGAAGUGACAUCAUUUCUUACGAAGCAAUGGUACGUUGACGCAUUGGCACGUAUUCGGAUUAAUGCAUUUCGUAUUGAAUUGGUUGGUGCAUAUGAAGACCUUCUCUUGUCAGCAGGAGCUUUAGUAGAAGCUGAAGCUGCUGUUGGAAAUGCUAUUUAUUUAUUACCAUCACUCUACAAUCAUGAUUGUGAUCCAAAUGCUCAUAUUGUGUGGAUAGAAAAUGUGAAUGCAAGAGUGAAGGCUCUACGGGAAAUUGAAACAGGUGAAGAGCUGCGGAUCUGUUAUAUCGAUGCAAGUAUGAACCGUGAUGCUCGUCAACAUAUUCUAUCUCAUGGAUAUGGGUUCGAAUGUUCUUGCUUUCGGUGUUUGUCUGAUGACUAAUCUGUUAAGAGGUUAUCAUACUUUUCAAGUAUUGGAGCUGAUGACCACCCAAUUGGUUACAUACUGAAAAAGAAAUGGGGAACAAUAGAGUUAUUUUAUUUUUAAAGCUUGUAUUAUUUGAUAGGGUAAGACUUUUACUAAUAACAAAUGAUGUUUUUCUUUUUAAAUCGUGACUUUAUUUGAACAAAGCUUUUACCUUGUUAUCUUUUAUAAUGUUUUGACUAUAUCUUUUUAAAUCGUCACUUUAUAUGAACAAAGCAUUUACCCUCUUAUCUUU